GCCGCGGUGCAUGCUGGGGGGAAUGGCAGCUUCCGUAUGUCGCUGUAACACACAAACACAGGAAAUGGUGCCUGCCUGAGAUCGGAUUCGGCCAGCCGGGAUCUCGGUGAUCUGUCAAAGGAAGGAAGCGGGUCACAAAGAAAAGGCUUUAUCGGAGGAAGGAAGCCGGAGGCGGGAUGGAAAAGCAGCCGAGCGACGGGGCAGCGACCAGCAACCGAAAGCCGUACCGCCCCGCCGACGCCGCUGCUUCGGGCUCCAGGAGCGGCUCUGCGUCCAAACAGCCCAGCGCUGAGACGCUGGACAGCCCCACCGGCUCCCACGUGGAGUGGUGUAAACAGCUGAUCGCGGCCACCAUCUCCAGCCAGAUCUCCGGAACUGUUCCUCCGGACCCCGUCUCCCGAGAUUACAAGGUUUCCAGGAGGCCAGAUCUCGGGGCGCUGAGGGACAGCGGCAGACAGGACCAGAUGGAGGAGGCCCCACGGGUCCCCGGGGAGACAAUCAAAGCUAUAGCUAAAAAUGUGAUGUACAUCUGUCCCUUCACCGGCGCAGUGAGCGGGACACUCACAGUCACCGACUACAAGCUGUACUUCAAGAGCCUGGAGCGAGAGCCCCCUUUCGUUUUGGACAUCAAUUUAGGAGCCAUCAGCCGCCUGGAUACAAUCGGGAUGCAGAUCGGGGACAAUGACAUGGGGAUGGAGAUCGUCUGCAAGGACAUGAGGAGCCCCCGGUUCGCCUUCAAGAGGGAGGAACACCCCAAGAUGGAGAUCUUCGAGACGCUGACCAAGCACGCCUUCCCGCUCUCCAAUGACCUGCUGCUGUUUGCCUUCCUGUACAAAGAGAAGUUCCCUGUGGACGGCUGGAAGGUGUAUGACCCUGUCGCAGAGUGGCGCCUCCAGGGCCUCCCCAAUGAGAGCUGGACCAUUAGCAGGAUCAACAGCAGCUACGAGGUGUGUGAUACCUACCCCUCGCUGCUGGUGGUGCCCACGAGCAUCAAGGAUGACGAGCUGAAGAGGGUGGCAGCCUUCAGGGCCAAACACCGCAUUCCGGUCCUCUCUUGGAUCCACCCCGAGAGCCAGGCUACCAUCGUGCGCUGCGGCCAGCCGCUGGUGGGGCCUUCGGACCGGCGCUGCAAGGAGGACGAGCGCUUCCUGCAGACCAUCCUGGAUGCCAACGCCCAGUCCCACAAGCUCAGCAUUUUUGACGCACGGCAGGGCAGCGUGGCCGACACCAAUAAGGCCAAGGAUGGGGGCUACGAAAGCGAGAGCUUCUACCCCAACGUGGAACUGAACUUUCUGGAAAUCCCGAACAUCCACGUGAUGCGCGAGUCUCUGCGUAAGGUGAAGGAGGCGGUGUACCCCUCCAUCGACGAGGCGCACUGGCUCUCUGCCAUAGACUCCACUCACUGGCUGGAGUACAUUCGGCUGCUCCUGGCCGGCGCCGUGCGCAUCGCAGACAAGCUGGAAUCAGGCAAGACAUCAGUGGUGGUGCACUGCAGUGACGGCUGGGACCGCACUGCGCAGCUGAGCUCGCUGGCCAUGCUCAUGCUGGACGGCUACUACCGCACGCUGAGGGGCUUCCAGGUGCUGCUGGAGAAGGAGUGGCUCAGCUUCGGCCAUCGUUUCGCCGCGCGCGUGGGACACGGGGACGAGAACCACGCCAACUCGGAGCGCUCUCCUCUCUUCGUGCAGUUUGUGGACUGCGUGUGGCAAAUGCUGAGGCAGUUUCCCUCAGCUUUCGAGUUCAAUGAGCUGUUCCUUAUCACCAUCCUGGACCAUCUCUACAGCUGCCUCUUCGGUACCUUCCUCUACAACAGUGAGCAGGAGAGAGUCAGCAAGGCAGUGCCCAGUAAGACGGUGUCCCUCUGGUCAUACAUCAACAGCCAGGCGGAGGACUUCACCAACCCCUUCUACGUCAACUACGAGAACCACGUGCUGUAUCCGGUGGCCAGUCUGCGCCACCUGGAGUUCUGGGUCAGCUAUUAUGUGCGGUGGAACCCUCGCAUGAGGCCCCAGAUGCCAGUGCACCAGAACCUGAAGGAGCUUCUGAUCCUAAGGACAGAGCUGCAGAGGAAGGUGGAGGAGCUUCAGCGGGACGUCUCUUCAUUGCGCUCCAUCACCUCAACCCCUGACCACGGCCCCUCGCCGUCCCAUACCAGCACGCCUUUGUACACCACUGUAUGAUCAUCCCUCUAUGUCUGUUAGCCGUGUUUAAUAAUUCGCAGAGAAAUCCACUAUAAUAUACUCGACUCCUUCUUGUAAAUAUCAACAAACUAAUUCUGCGUUGGUAUAUAUUUUGUUCUAAUCAUGUGUACUAUAGAAUUUACAAGGCAUGAUUUUGCAGAAGUCAGUUGUACCAGACUAAAAGUAUUAACUGCUCAUUCCGUGAUGGAAUGAUAGCUGAUGUUUAUUUCCUGAGUACUGCAGGUGUCUGUCUGCCUAACCCAGUGGCCCAUUUUCCUUGGGUAACACAAAUCAGGCACUUGUUCUCCUUUCUGGGAUCCUUUGUCUUAACUGUGGUACUUCAGAAAGAAACCAGCUUUUAAUCUGGAUAACCUUUUAAAAUACAUUAAAAUCCCUACAGCUGAUGUAUAUUUUAAA